AUGGCAACGUCAAGAACAACAAUAAAUGACUCUACAACAAAUCUCAAGUGUGAUCAAGGUGUAAUGAAUAAGCCUAUUAAAGAAGAAUUUACACAAAUAGACCAUACAAAUGACCAAUUACAAAUUGGGUGUGAUCAAGACAUAUCAAAUGUGUUUAUUAAAGAAGAAUUUACACAAAUAGACCAUUUUAAUGACCAAUUACAGAUUGGAACUAUAUGUGAAGCUGAAGAAAAAGUAAAGACAACUGAUACAGAAAUUAAAGUUGAAAAAGAUUUCAUAGGGUGUUUUGUUUUUCAAGGAUCAGUUGAUAAUGAAAGCCAAGAACCAGAAUUCAUUCCUCGUUCGAUUCCUCAUAAAAAAACUAAAAUUACAUCAAGAGCAAAGGUACACAAGAAAACACAAACUAUAGUAAAACCACAUAAAUGUGAUUUUUGCAAUCAAAGAUUUUCUAACCCAUCUUCUUUAAAAAGUCAUUCAAUAAUUCACACCAGAGAACGGGUAUUUGAGUGUGAUAUCUGUGGUAAACGGUAUGUUCGAAACUGCCAUUUAAAACGCCACAUAAAUACACAUACACGCGAAAGGACUUACAAAUGUGUUAUUUGCUCUAAAAAGUUUUGUUACAAGAAUUUAAUGGAUACUCAUAUGAGAAUACACACUGGAGAACGGCCAUUUGAAUGUGGUAUCUGUUGUAAACGGUUUACUCAAAACUGCCAUUUAAAAAGCCACAUAAAUACACAUACACGCGAAAGGAGUUAUAAAUGUGACAUUUGUUAUAAAAAGUUUUGUCAUAAGAAAUCAGUGGAUAUUCAUAUGAGAAUACACACUGGAGUAAAACCUUUUAAAUGUGACAUCUGUGAUAAAAAGUAUAUAUCUAAAUCAAAUCUACAUACCCAUAAAAAGUACAUACACAUGAACACUGAAGAGCAAACAUUUGAGUGUGAUAUCUGUGGUAAACGGUUUGCUCAAAAGGUCCAUGUAAAAAACCACAUAAAUACACAUGCACCCAAAAGCCUUUUUAAAUGUGACAUUUGUUUGAAAACAUUUUGUUCAAAAGCUAAUAUUAAGACACAUAUUAUAAAAGUUCAUAGAUAAAAACCAUAUAAAUGUUAUCUAUUAGAUAAAGUAUUUUAUAUUGCAUCAGCUAAAUAACUAAGGCAUACAAGGAUACAUAUUGAAGAAAACCCAUACAAAUAUGAUAUCUGCAUUUAUAGAAUUUACUCGUGGAGAUCAAUUACGAAGAUGUAAAAAAAUAAAAAGACGUCUUAAAUGCAAUAUCAGCUCAACAACAUUUAUUUUGGAAUCAAAGCGAAAAUGUCAUGGAGCACGUCAUACCAACAAAAAGCAGUAUAGUUGGGAUUUGUCAUCUGGUAUCAAUUAAUUGAUAUUUCCAUUAGAAAGGAAUUCCCAUUAUAAGGAAACUAAAAUAUACAAGAUAUAGGUUUUUUAGGACAGUCAUUUUUCAUUUUAAAAAGAUUUACUUCUUAUUGGGGGUCUCUCAUAAGGUUUUACUUUAUUU